AUGGAGUCCGCCAUAGAGUUGCCACUACAUAUCAUCCGCAAACAAGUGGACAAGCUGAGAACUACAUACAAAACACCAAUUGGGGCGUCGCCGUAUAAGCUUGUUUAUGGGAACGCAUGUCACUUGCCUGUUGAACUUGAACACAAGGCAUACUGGGGCAUUAAGAAGUUGAAUAUGGACCUUGAGGGCACAGGCGAGAAGAGACUCUUUCAGUUGAAUGAGUUAGACGAGUUCAGGCUCAAGUUGUUUCCUGGAAAGUUAAAAUCGAGAUGGCCAGGCCCAUUUGAGGUGGUGAGGGUCGCUCCUUAUGGUGCAAUUAAGCUACGCGUUUUAAAUGGUGAAAGAAAUGUUUUAGUGAACGGACACAGAGACAAGCAUGAUUGGGGAGGAAUAAUUGAUCGUGAGAAGACAAAAGUAGCACUCGCUGAUGAGUAA